UACUACUACUACUACUACUACUACUACUACUACUACUACUACUACUACUACUACUACUACUACUACUACUACUACUACUACUACUACUACUACUACUACUACUACUACUACUACUACUACUACUACUACUACUACUACUACUACUACUACUACUACUACUACUACUACUACUACUACUACUACUACUACUACUACUACUACUACUACUACUACUACUACUACUACUACUACUACUACUACUACUACUACUACUACUACUACUACUACUACUACUACUACUACUACUACUACUACUACUACUACUACUACUACUACUACUACUACUACUACUACUACUACUACUACUACUACUACUACUACUACUACUACUACUACUACUACUACUACUACUACUACUACUACUACUACUACUACUACUACUACUACUACUACUACUACUACUACUACUACUACUACUACUACUACUACUACUACUACUAAUAAUAAUAAUAAUAAUAAUAAUAAUAAUAAUAAUAAUAAUAAUAAUAAUGAACCAAUUUGUUUUAUUCAAGUACAUAGUUCAUUGUUCUGUUGUAAAUCACGAAAUCAAAUUUAA